UACGGUCAACCAAAUUUGAUGUUAAUUAUUGCUAGCGAUCCUGAAGAUUAUUCUCGUUAGUUUAUUGAAUUCGUUACGUUUCGACCUUGCUUCAGGUCCUUUUCAACGAUACAAAUAAGAGAGCAGAAAAACAGACUAGCGAGUCAUCGUUGUCAAUGAAAUAGAGUCGAAAGGUAAAAGUUAGCGCACAUCCGAACAUUAUUGAGGUCCGAUUUGAACUGAAAAAAAUGAUAGAAAGGUAUUAUUAAUGUUACUCGAUUGUAUCACUUAUGAUUAUAGCUGUGCGUGUCGUAACGUUAUCGAGCUCUAACAUCAAGAUCAUCAUAAAAAAAAGCGUUGUCCCCUGGAUAAUAAUUGUGUGAUCAAGUUUUUACAGAGGGAAUAUUUUUUAAAUGGCAAAUUAUAGUACUAAGAAUAUAAUUUUCCUAAGAAAUAGAGGGAAAACGUAUUUCUUAAAAUUUCAGAAUUCAUAUACAUAUGAAAAAUUCUAGAAAAGAUAUAAAGUGUUACAAUUUGCGUAAGAAAAAUCUGAAAAAUUGUGAAAAAUUUUAACCAGGGUGGUCCAGGGCAGUGCUGGUCGAAAAAUGUCAUAAUUUUUUAAAUAAUUUCUACGUAAAUCUCAGAAUUUUCCAGAUUUUGUGAUACAAAUAUUGGUACACUGUUGAGAAGUGCCGAGAAGUUUAUAUCUCUUCUAGAAUUUCUCAUAUGUAUAAAUUGUAAAAUAUUCUGACAUUUCUAAGAUUUCUCAUUGUACAAUUUGAAAAAAUUGCAGAUAUUUUUUCAGAAAUUAUAAUGAGAAAUGUUGGAAAUAGAAUAUUUCGGAAUAUACAGACGUAUGAAGUAUUCUAAGAGCAGAAAUGGACUUUCUCCGUAUUUCUGGAAGAUUCCGAGGAAAAUUGUCACCAGGGGGUACAUAACCUCCUUUUGAUUCGCUCUUAGCGGCUCGAUGCGUGACAGGUGUUUACAAAACUGACGAUUAUAUCCGUUUGUUAUUUCAUUGAUUUACUCGGCGAGGAAACGCACGUCGCCGUAGAAUUGAAUUGAUAUCACGGCUGUGGCGAUACUCGAUAUAAUCAGCGCAUACGCGAACAUAAUAAAUGAGGCGCAGGCAGGGAAGGUAGAAGCAUCGCUGCUGUUGGCGCCGGCGAGACUUGGGCAGGAGCCCCCGACGAGCCGCCUCCGGUGGAUCCGGGGCACCAGGGAGUCGCGGGAAUGGACGUGAGCGCGUUGUUCAAGGCGAGCGUGAAGGUGGUGAAGCUGCGCAACAAGGAGCUGGCCGCGGCGCACGUGACGGUGACGGAGUGCCAGCCGCGUAGGGCCAGGAGCAAGAGCACCUUUUGCGUCAAGGCGCACACGGUGGUCGUGCAGAUCACCAAGCUGCGCGAGCUCCUGCUGGAGAACCGCAGGGCCUACCUAAACUUCUCCAACUACCUGUCCGCCGCGCCGCACAUGACGGACGCGCAGCGCGACGAGAUCGACCUGGGUGCGCAGCAGAUAAUGAGCAGCUGCUCGCAGCUGGUGAAGGAUCUCAAGCGGGAGGUCGCGGCGUCCACGGAGAUCACCCAACAGAACCUCGAGCAUCGCGAGAUCAUGCUGUUGCUGAUAGAGGACUACCUGAAGAACGUCUGUAAGAUAUACUCGGAGCAGAAGGCGAUGCGCGUGAAGCGGGCUAUGGAGAUGCGAAGGAUCGCCAGGCUGCAGGUGGAUCCCGGACCGGCCGUCGGCCAGACGUCGGCGUCGAACACGGCGGAGAAGGUCGCGGACGACGAAGCCAGGAACGGCUCCAACGAGUCGAGUCCGAUGAAGAUUCAGGAGAUCAACGGCGACGUCAGCCCGUUGACGUACGAGGAAGAGUUGUCGGCCGAGGACAUCCAGAUGUUCGAGUCGGAGAACGAGCAGUUCUACAACGAGCUCAACGCCACGACGGAGGAGGUGAAGCAGAUCGAGAGCAAGGUGGUGCACAUCGCCGAGAUUCAGCAGAUCUUCACGGAGAAGGUUUUGGACCAAGACAAGAAUCUGGACAGUGUGACGACAACGGUGGUCGGAACGACGGAGAAUGUGAAAGAGGGGAACGAGCAGGUUCGACAAGCGAUUCAGCGGAACGCCGGUCACAGGGUGUGGAUGCUCUUCUUCCUCCUGGUGAUGUCCUUCUCUCUGUUGUUCCUCGAUUGGUACGACUCGUAAGAGAUCUCCAGUUGUAUUGCAACAGCGAAAGGAGAUGACGGAUAUAUUUACAAGGGAUUUUUUUAUACAAUCUGUGGAAACGUACUUCUAAUUAUUAAAUUAUUGAAUUUUAUAGAUUGUACCAAUUUGCAAUAAUUGUUACUUUCGUAAGAACGAAAGAAGAAAUGUCAAAGGGUCGAAAACAAAGGAACAGAGGGAAAUCUGUCAAAAUAUGUCGUUAUAUUUUAUCCCCGGACAUUAUUGUACAUAAUAGCUAUAACUUACUAUACAGGGUGUUGAAAAAAAAGGGUUACAUAUUUUGAUAAGAGGUAGUAUUGGUCAAAA